UUGUCCAAAAAUCCCGCAGCCAGUGAUAUAAUGCUUAAGUACAUAAAAAGUAAUGCUGACAAAGUGCUUCAUUCUCCACAUCUUUCACAGUAUUUAUCUGCAAUGAUCGCAACAUGGCGAACUGAUAAUCGACUCAGCCAGUAUGAAGCACUUGUUAGCGAGGUAUCACCGAAAGCUGAUGAGGCACAGAAGGAGAUAUUCAACGAAUACAGAACCAAUCUUAAAGUACAAGUGGAUUGGCACACAAGACAUUACCGCGAUAUAAGUGCGUGA